AUCAAACCUCCCACUGUGGCCUCUUUCCGGCUUUCUUCCAGACUCUCCACCUCCGUCCUUCGAGCUUCUUCUCCUCUGCUUACGGUCCGCUCUGCUCCCGCUCGACCUUUUUCCAGCACGCCGAUUUCCCGCUUUUCGCAGUCGAUUCCCAAAAUGGGUGUCACUCAGAUCGCCACUGCCGACGAGUUCAAGGAGAAGGUCCUGGAAUCAGAGGACCGCGUCGUCGUCGACUUCUUCGCCACGUGGUGUGGUCCCUGCAAGGCCAUCGCCCCCGCCGUCGAGAAGCUCAGCAACGAGAACGCCACCCUCAAGUUCUACAAGGUCGACGUUGACGAGCUCGCCUCUGUCGCUGCCGACCUCGGCAUCUCGGCGAUGCCUACUUUUGCUUUCUUCAAGGGCGGCGAGCGCCUCGGUGAACUGACUGUUCGCGGUGCGAACCCGCCUGCUAUCAAAGCUGCUGUCCAGGAGCUUGCUGCAUAG